UCAUUCAAGGAAGAAAGUGCAAACGUUGUCCUCAUCUAGUACGAGUGCACGGCACGUUGCCUUUCGCUUUCAAACUGCGUUUAACAAUCCCACCCCCACCUUUGGGCUUCCCGUGGCACCAAUCGUGACAUUUCGCAUUUAUCGACUGGUGGAAGAGACGGUGGACGGGGAGAAGGGCACCACGGAGGCGCGUACGCGGUACGGCGAGCGCAGCGAAGCCAUCUGAAGUGCCACGCGAGUCACCGCGGCGCGAGCGUGACAAGGAGGCCUUCGAUAGGGUGUUGGCUGGUUGAUACUUGGUGCAGGAACGCUGGAACGCUCUCGGAGAGAAGAAGGCGAACAAAGUGAACGUUUCGCAACGACGAGACGACGCGCCGAGACCCAAGACGCGAAUGCUUCGCUCUCGUGAGAAUUCCUCGCCCAUGUGAUACGAAUAACAAUACUACAAUUGACACACACCUAACUUCAGCGGGGAUCCAUCGACGCGUUCCAAUUCGUCGGUAAUUGGUGUAGCGACGCUUAUCGAUCUACACCUUGUUCAUUGAUAAGCAGAUAAGUUCAGUUUGAGAAGGAGAAACUUUCGCUUUCGUUUAUUUCUCGUUUACCGCGAAGUUGGCGAGGAGAGCGAAUCGGCGUGACGUUCGGACGUGACGUGACGUAGUAUACACGCGCGACUUUCAGGUCCAUUCAGGCCACACCUGCGCGACCGCGUGAGCAACUUCGCGUGCUCUCGCACGCGAAACAUGGACAACGCGCGUGGAGGACGCGCGUACGGCGUCGUCCGCUGUUACCUGUACCUGCUGCUCACGAGCGUCGUCGCGCUCGCUCAGGAUAUAUCGCCUGGCAGCCGCUACUAUAAUCGUGACGGCGUAUACGUGCCGCAAGACAAGACCUUCUUCUACAACGGUAGACGGUAUGGGUAUGGAUAUCAACCUAGCUACCUGGAGCCCGGUUACAGAGGACCCACGAGAGCACCCGAGGAUCGAUUUAUUUACGGCACCACAGAAAGACUUCCAUUGCCAGGAAUACUAGCUGGUUGGCGCGAAGAUCUUCAAGGAAAAGAAAGAGCAGAUUCAAAACUUUUUAUAAAAACCAGAGACAUACUUGUGAAUACAAAUUAUGGUCAAAUUCAAGGAUUUAAAGUCCAAUUAUAUGACGAUCCAUUUGCAAGACACAGACCUUGGAAUAUGGCAGUUGAAAGAGUCACAAAAGAUGUUAAUGUAUUUCUGGGUAUUCCUUAUGCUAUGCCACCUACUAAAGAAGGUCGUUUCAAACCUCCCAGACCUCCCAGAGGGUGGCAACUUUUACAAGCCAUUGAUUGGGGACCAGCUUGUCCUCAGCCUAGUGAAUAUACUGGUGCAACAAAAGGUGUCCGAGACGUUGAUGAAGAUUGCUUGUAUCUAAACAUAUUUACACCUUCUAUUGGCUACGGGUUAGCAAAUAGAUAUCCAGUGAUGUUUUACAUACAUGGUGGCGAAUUUAGUCAUGGGGCGAGUAAUUUGUUUCCAGCUCAUAUACUAGCUGCCUUCUAUGAUGUCGUAGUAGUAUCAAUUAAUUAUCGCCUUGGAGCUCUUGGGUUUCUGAGUACUGGAGAUGAGAAUAGCCCUGGAAACUAUGGAAUUCUUGAUCAAGCUAUGGCAUUGCGAUGGGUCUAUGACAAUAUAGUUAGCUUUAACGGAGAUCCUGACUCUAUAACACUGUUUGGACCAGGUGCUGGAGCAGCGAGUGCGGGAUUAUUAAUGGUUGCACCAAAAACUCGACAGAUGGUAUCAAAAGUAAUAGCGCAAUCGGGUUCAGCUCUAGCUGAUUGGGCGGUGAUAGUAGACAAAUACCGAGCACAAAAUACAUCUCGAGUAUAUGCAGAAAUGCUCGGUUGUAGUAUAGAGAGUAGUUGGAAAUUGGUACAAUGCUUAAAAGACGGACGUAGUUUCCUUGAGUUAGGUAAUUCUGAAUUAAAACCACACGUCGGAAUGUUCCCAUGGGCACCCGUGCUGGAUGUCAAUUUUACAAUACCUCAAGAUGAUUGGUAUGAAGAUUGGAGAGCAUCCGACUGGCGCUUUUUUACAGAAACGCCAGAAGAAAGUAUUAAAGCUCACAAAUAUAGGAAAGAUUUGGCUUAUAUGGCUGGUGUCACAACUCAAGAAGCAGCAUUUAUUAUAAAAAAUAAUCAUACAUUAGCAAGAAAUCAAUACACAAUAACUCCUGAGGUAUUCGAUCAAAAGAUUUGGGAAUUAGUUCUUCGAUAUAACUAUACCCUAAAUCCACAAGGCAUUUACGAGGCAAUAAAAUAUAUGUAUACAUAUUGGCCGGAUCCAAUGAAUGUUACACACAUACGUGAUCAGUAUAUAAAUCUCUUAUCAGACUUUCAUUAUGUUGCACCAUACGACAAAAUAGCAAAAUUAUUGGUAGAAAGACACGUACCGACGUAUCUCUAUGUCUUAAAUACCUCGAUAGAAUCAUUUUAUUUACUAGAAUGGGCUAGGGUACCUCAUGAUACCGAGCUUUUGUGGCUGACAGGAGCACCGUUUAUGGACGUUGAAUUUUUCCCACAAAAAUGGAGAUUAAAACGAAUAAUGUGGACUGAUAGUGAUCGUAAUAUGAGUCACUUUUUCAUGAUGGCAUAUUCUAAUUUUGCAAAAUAUGGAAACCCAACGCCUUCGCAAAUCUUGGGAUUGCAUUUUGAUCCCGCACGUUAUGGACAAUUGCGAUAUCUCAAUAUCAAUACAACAUUCAAUAGCUCCAUUCAAGUAAACUAUCGUCAAACCGAGAGCGCAUUCUGGUCCAUGUAUUUGCCGACUGUUAUUGGUUACCUUGUCCCUACUUAUCCUCCCGUUACGGAAUAUUGGUGGGAACCUAAACAGCCAUUGCAAAUCGCAUUUUGGUCGAUGUCGACGGCGUGCCUGCUGCUACUUGUACUUUCUGUGGUGUGCUGUAUGCUUUGGCGUAACGCCAAAAGACAAUCUGAUCACUACUAUAGCGGAGACAUCCUGAUGGUACGAGACGAUGAGCACUCCGAGGGAAUCGAGAAUUUAACACGUUCAUCUAAAGAAAACAUAUACGAAUAUCGUGAUGUACCAGAAAAGGCCCGAAUACCGCGUCAAAAUGAAACGAGACUACAAGAACGUUUAGCACAUAACAGAAAAUUCAGUUCUACACCCUCGUUACGUAGCAAUUCUAAUGUCUCAUUAAAAGAUAUGAGAUCAGAAGGUUUCGUCACUAGCUCACCUAAUGGUCAGCCUAAAAUGGCAAAGACACUGAGUCAAUCUGCACUGCCAAAAGCUAAAAGCAAAACACUUUUAGUACAGGGAGUACCACAAACAGCUGUUUAAUACUUAAGUUACCAUUAUACAAAAAAA